UCUUUGCAUUGCCAACAAUGUCUGAAGAAGUUAUGUAUGCAGAUCUAAAAUUCCAGGACUCCAGUAAAACAGAAUAUGGCAAAUCUGGGAUAAAAGUUUAUGGAACUUUCAACAUGCAAAUGGGAAAACUGAACAAACUACAGAGCUUCAAAGAGGAACUUCAACGAAAUCUUUCUCUACAACUGAUCGAAAACAUGAAUAGUUCUGGGAAGAUCAGGAACCUCUCUAUUACGCUGCAAAAAAUGGCCACCAAAUUAUGCCAUCACCUAUAUGAAAAAGAUUCAGAACACAAAUGUAAACCUUGUCCAAAAGACUGGUUGUGGCAUGAGGACAGCUGUUAUUUAGUCAGUCAGGAGCAUAAAGAUUGGAAAACCAGUGAACAGGAAUGUCGGAAUCUAAAUGCCAGUCUGUUGAAGAUUAAGAACAAAAGCGUAUUGGAUUUUAUAAAAUCCUGGCAUUUUCCUAAUUUUUGGCUAGGAUUAUCUCCCAGAAAAGAUAAAGGAUCCUAUGAGAAGCUUGAAAAGAUAAUUUCCUCCUCUGACUGGUGGUUCGAGUAA